CUCAAUGUUCAAAGUAUGUUGAACCCAUAACGUGUGCUUUUAACAACUGUGUUUGGCGAUGGGAAGGUUUACUACAGUCUAAACCUGGCACUGAACCGAAGGAAGUUUCAGGUGAUUGGAAGUAUGCUGAUAAUGCCUACUAUCGUUUCGACGAAAAUGUUAAUGCAGCAGUCGUAUGGCUACGAUUAAUUAUUUAUGCAAAAGCCAAAUAA